AUGAGUAGCCAGGAUGUGAAACUUGAUGGAGGCAAGGCUAUGCCAAUGAAUCCUGGCCUAGACGCCUUGUCCAACUCAGGAGCUGAAGUCAUAGCACCCCUUUUUCAACCAGGAGGUGACGUGGGAGAGGAUUUCAAACCUGCAGUUGGUGGUGCUGGUGAACAGCUGAUGCCCGAGGCCCUGGACACGGAACCCAUUGCUGCUCCAGCUGCUGCUGGGGACCAGGGUGCUGUGCCAGUGGAGGAACCUGCUGAUGCCCAGGCUGCUGAUGCUGCUGAGGAAGAGGUUGCAGUUGGGUCAGGAGAAGCCGCUGCUGGUGGUGGUGCUGUUUCCACUGGAGAGGAUGCUGCUGAUGGUCAAGCACAGAUGCCUGAA